AUUUCUGUUUCCGCCCACUCUUUCUCUUUCUUUAAAGCCACCCACUUUCAAGAUUCACUUUCAUGGCGUCUCCUCGUGAGGGACACUACAGGGGCGUAAGGAAGCGGCCGUGGGGCCGUUACGCGGCGGAGAUACGUGACCCUUGGAAGAAAUGUCGUGUCUGGUUAGGCACUUUCGAUACGCCGGAGGAAGCCGCCAUGGCUUACGACGGUGCUGCACGCUCCCUUCGUGGCCCUAAAGCCAAGACAAACUUUCCCAUGCCGCCGCCGCCGCCACCAGUACCACCACAACCUUCUUUGCCUCUAAACCUCAACAACAUCCCGUCCGAACAACACAUCCGGUUGGUUGCUGAACAGCCUUCCAGAUAUGUAGUCAGUGGUGGUGAGUUUAAGUUCCUUCGUACUAGUGUCCUCAAAGACUUCCGCCAUGGUGGUGGGUGCUGCUCCUCCGCCGUAGGCUCCGUUGAUUUCCCGUUGGCAGACGGUUCUGACGUCAAAACGGUGGGAUUUAUGGGGCUUGUUAGACGUGGAUUGGGUAUAGAUUUGAAUGAGCCUCCGCCCAUUUGGCUAUGAAAUGAUUUGGAGUGUUUUUCUUCUGUUGCUUGUUCGUUAAAUAAUCAUUCAUUUUAUGUUGAUGCUUAUGCUUUUUGAGAGGUAUUAUCAAAUUUAGUAGAUACCAUUAUCAUGAUUCAUGCA